CUAUAAAAACAGCUCCUACAGUUUUUAAUUUCCUUUUCCUUUUUUUAAGCAAACAUUUUCAUUUUUUUAAAUCUCCGUCGUCGCUUCCUCGUUGGGGUUAGUAUUGGUACCGUCGACGGUUCACUUUUUCCGGUGAAAGUUACCUUAAGUAAAAAAUCUUCUUUUUUAUUACUGAAGAAUCCCUUCGAAGUUUGGAUUUUGAUUUUGGGGAAAGUAUAGUAAUGGCGGCAUCAGCGGCGACGAUGGUCAGCUCGGCUGGUGGCUUAUUAGCGAUGCUUAACGAGAGCCAUCCUCAGUUGAAAUUACAUGCUCUCACUAAUUUAAUUGGGUUCGUUGAUCAAUUUUGGCCCGAGAUCUCCACCAGCGUUCCUAUAAUAGAAAGCUUAUAUGAAGAUGAAGAAUUUGGCCAGCAUCAGAGACAACUUGCUGCGCUUCUUGUCUCAAAGGUUUUUUAUUACUUGGGUGAACUUAAUGAUUCGUUGUCUUAUGCUCUUGGAGCUGGCCCUCUUUUUGAUGUUUCUGAGGAUUCUGAUCAUGUGCAUACUCUCCUUGCCAAGGCGAUAGAUGAGUAUGCCAGCUUUCGGUCAAAGGCAGCUGAAUCAAGUGAUGAAGCUGCAAAGGUUGACCCUAGGUUGGAGGAGAUUGUGGAGAGAAUGCUGGAUAAGUGUAUUAUGGAUAGAAAAUACCAACAAGCGAUGGGAAUUGCAAUUGAGUGCCGGAGACUGGAUAAACUUGAGGAAGCAAUAACAAGGAGUGAAAAUGUUCAUGCAAUCUUAGCAUAUUGCACUCAUGUUUCUCAUUCUUUUGUAUAUCGCCGAGAAUAUCGUCGUGAGGUGCUUCGGCUUCUUGUUAAAGUGUACCAAAAACUGCCUUCUCCUGAUUAUUUGAGCACUUCUCAGUGCCUAAUGUUCUUGGAUGAACCUGAAGGUGUUGCAAAUAUAUUGGAGAAACUUCUCCGUUCUGAAAAUAAGGAGGAUGCUCUUUUGGCUUUCCAAGUUGCAUUCGAUCUUGUGGAGAAUGAGCACCAGGCUUUUCUGUUAAAUGUAAGAGAUCGCCUUUCUGCUCCCAAAUCUCUACCUUCAGAACCAGUACAGCCAGGAUCCACCAACCCUGCUCCAGCUGAAAAUGAAAAUUCUACUGCUUCAGAGGAUGUUCAGAUGACAGAUGGGUCUUCUGCUAUUACUACAAAUGUUCAUGAGGCAGAUCCUAAGGAAGUUAUGUAUGCUGAGAGGCUGAUGAAAGUCAAAGGAAUUUUGUCUGGGGAGACCUCGAUACAGUUGACUCUACAAUUCUUGUACAGUCAUAACAAAUCGGAUCUAUUAAUUUUGAAGACAAUAAAGCAGUCUGUUGAAAUGAGGAAUAGUGUUUGUCACAGCGCUACAAUCUAUGCUAAUGCAAUAAUGCAUGCUGGAACAACUGUGGAUACAUUCCUGAGGGACAAUCUGGACUGGCUGAGUAGAGCUACCAAUUGGGCUAAAUUCAGUGCAACAGCUGGGCUUGGUGUUAUUCACAGAGGACAUCUGCAGCAAGGCAGGUCUCUAAUGGCUCCAUAUUUGCCCCAGGGUGGGGCUGGAGGUGGUGGGAGUCCUUAUUCUGAAGGUGGGGCAUUAUAUGCUUUGGGUCUCAUUCAUGCCAACCAUGGUGAGGGCAUUAAGCAAUUCCUUCGUGAUAGCCUACGCAACACUAAUGUUGAGGUUAUUCAACAUGGUGCAUGCCUAGGACUUGGUUUGGCAGCUCUAGGAACUGCUGAUGAAGAAAUCUAUGAAGACAUCAAAAGUGUGCUUUAUACUGACAGUGCUGUUGCCGGUGAAGCUGCUGGCAUCAGUAUAGGUUUGCUCAUGGUUGGAACUGCUAGCGAGAAGGCAAGCGAGAUGCUUGCUUAUGCACAUGAGACGCAGCAUGAAAAAAUUAUCAGGGGUUUAGCAUUAGGGAUUGCUCUUACAGUAUAUGGAAGGGAAGAAGAAGCAGACACAUUAAUUGAGCAGAUGACUCGGGAUCAAGAUCCUAUUAUCCGUUAUGGUGGUAUGUAUGCAUUAGCAUUGGCCUAUAGGGGAACUGCAAACAAUAAGGCUAUUCGUCAGCUGCUGCACUUUGCUGUAUCAGAUGUGAGUGAUGAUGUUAGGAGAACUGCUGUUUUAGCACUGGGGUUUGUCCUUUACUCAGAGCCAGAGCAGACUCCUCGAAUUGUCUCCUUACUGUCUGAGUCUUACAACCCUCAUGUUCGAUAUGGUGCGGCACUUGCAGUGGGUAUUUCAUGUGCUGGCACUGGAUUGAGUGAGGCCAUAUCAUUGUUAGAACCCUUGACAUCAGAUGUUGUUGAUUUUGUUCGCCAAGGUGCUCUUAUUGCGAUGGCUAUGGUCAUGAUUCAGAUCAAUGAAGCAAGUGAUUCUCGUGUCGGGACAUUCAGGCGUCAACUUGAAAAAAUUAUACUGGAUAAGCAUGAAGACACAAUGAGCAAGAUGGGAGCAAUCUUGGCCUCUGGGAUCCUUGAUGCUGGUGGAAGAAAUGUAACCAUAAGAUUGCUUUCCAAGACAAAGCAUGACAAAAUCACUGCAGUCGUUGGUCUUGCUGUUUUUAGCCAGUUUUGGUAUUGGUAUCCCCUCAUUUAUUUUGUCAGCUUGUCAUUUUCACCUGCAGCCUUUAUUGGACUGAACUACGACCUGAAAGUUCCAAGGUUCGAGUUCUUAUCACAUGCAAAACCUUCACUUUUCGAGUAUCCAAAACCUACUACUGUUCCCACCACGACAUCAGCAGUCAAACUUCCAACUGCUGUCCUGUCAACAUCAGCAAAGGCUAAAGCUAGGGCUAAGAAAGAGGCGGAACAAAAGGCAAAUGCUGAGAAAUCAUCUGGGGCAGAGUCCUCAUCUUCUGCUUCAAUUACUGUGAAAGGGAAAUCAAGCAGUGAGAAGGAUGGGGAAGCUAUGCAGGUUGAUGGUCCUCCCGAGAAGAAAGCUGAGCCGGAGCCAUCAUUUGAGAUUUUGACCAACCCAGCAAGAGUGGUUCCUGCUCAGGAGAAGUUCAUUAAGUUUCUAGAAGACAGCCGAUAUGCGCCCGUGAAGUUGGCACCAUCAGGGUUUGUUCUUCUUAGAGACCUGCGCCCUGAUGAACCAGAGGCACUGUCCCUAACAGAUGCGCCUGCAUUAGCAGCAUCUCCAGCGGGUGGAUCAGCAGUAGGUCAACAGAGUUCCUCAUCAGCUAUGGCUGUUGAUGAUGAACCUCAGCCCCCUCAGCCUUUUGAGUUCACAUCCUGAUUUUGCCCGGAUUUUGGGCUGGCCAUAGUUUUUAGAGACGAACAGUGUUUUGUCACAUUUGCUACUUUAGCUCAGGAAUUAUCUAGUAAUUGGUUGCAUUUUUUCUUCCAAGAGAUGAGAGAUGAGAGAUGUUUCCUGUUGUAAUGAUUACCCUUUUGUGCAUGACUCUGCAUUUUAAUUGCUGCUGCUGCUCCCAUUGUUUACUCUUCUUUACUAUUUCUAGGGAAAAAAACUGUUAUAUAGAUGCUCAACCAUGAGGGUGAAAAUUGCAGCUGAACCAAAUUUCCUCUAAAUCGACAAUAUAGAAUCGACUUUUUUUGGCAA